GAGGAGCAGCGAGGGCAGAGUGAGGAUGAGGAGGAGGAGAGGAGGAAAGUGUUUGGGUGCGAGGUCUGCGGGCGUCGUUACAGGAGAGUAAUAUCGCUCCAGCGGCACAAGAGACUCGAGUGCGGAAAGGAGGCCCAAUUUGAGUGCAUUAUUUGCCACAGCAAGUUCAAGCACAAGCACAGUCUGCUGAGGCACUACCGGGUCCACCUCUCGUUCGCUAAUCCCGACAAUAAAUUAGAGCCGGAGGUCCACCAGCACCCCGGCGACUAA